AUGGCUGGGUCAGAGGCCCUUGUGCGCCAUGACGCUCUCAAGGCACUGGUGCGAGGAGCAGGGCAUCGGCACCUUUCUCGGAUCUGGCGUUCUUCUUGUCGAAUGACGCUGGCCGAGCCGGAGGCCUGGAAGGCUUCAGCCAUUGGGAUUGGCCUGGUGGCCAUGGAGCGGGGCCUCUUCAGGGCCGAAGAGGCAGGCCAACCCGACCGGAUGAUGCUACUUCUCCCAACGAUCAGAGGAGCUUUGGCAACACGGCGUGACCUGGACCAGCACCACCUUGCUGACGUCAUGAAGAACAGCCCAAGCCGGGGCCAGAGCUGUCAUGGUCGCUCGCCAACUUUUGCGGCGGUGAACGCGGAGUUUGAUAGGACAUCGCGGCAACCCGGAGCCACCGCGCUGGCUACGGACCCGGGGCAUCAGCUUGCUGGUGGGUGGCAUGAGCAGCCGGGAGGAGCCCCCUCCUUAUUGGGGGUGAUCCUGGCGUGGCUGGUGGGGAGGAGAAAAGGAAAGCGCAUUGCUUUUGACUUCAGGCUCGGGCAGGCUGGUUGUCCUGAGGCGAUUGUCGCCACGGACAUGUCUGCCGCCAGGAACGCGUUGGCCAUCACGAAGAAAGAGAUGGCGGAUAACGGGGAGGACGAGAGACACCAGGAGUUUCUGGAAUGCCUCGAGUUCAUCCUUGGAGAGCCUAGCGUCUUGAGGAGGAAUCUCAGCCCCAGGAUCUCGGCGAAGGAGGUGGAAGAAAGGGGGCAGGUCGUGCUGAAGGCCAGCCAGCAAUCGGACAGCCAGCUGCGCGCUGCCUUGCUGGACAAGGUGAUCGCCAUGGACGGCGUGGUGAGCGUCACUUUUGAGGCGGAGUUCGUCAUAGUGGCGACCAAGUCGGCGUCGGUGGCGGCGGAUGCCAACUUCCUGGCGGACUUGCGCCUUGGCGUUUAUGGCAGAAGGCUGUCCUAA